AUGGAGCCUUUUUCUCUUCUGGAUGCUGGCAGCACAUGGAGGUUUUAUACUGAACUCCAGCUCAUGCUCGAUCUGUUAAAAGAUCCCACAGAGUCACCUGCAUUUAAUCAAGAUAAAGCAGACUCCUUACUUCAUUCUGCUCGUCCCGCUAGAGGCCCUCAUCCAUCCUUGAAGGCAAGAGAGGUUUAUGAAGAAAGUAAGGAAGAAACAUCUAGUAACCUGACUGCAUUAUGGCAUAAGACUUUAAGUUGUAUAAAAAACGCUAAUGAAACUAGCAACAAUCCUGAGCAAUUGAACACUGCUCUCUCAAGGGUUAAGAAGGCAUUUGAGAAUUAUAAAAGACUUUCUGAAAAGUUCUGCUCCCUAUUGUCACAUUACAGCAUAGAGGAAGCCGCAGUAGAAUUAAAGGACUUUACUUCUACUGACCAGCAGAGGCAUAGCACAUAUCUUGAAGCAAAGGCACAGAUAGAAGGUAGAUUAGCACAGCUACAUGAAACUACAUCCUGUAAAUCUGCUUCUUCCAGACACUCAGGAAAAUCUUCUAGAUCUGCCCGCUCCUAUCAUAAAUCCUCUUCUAAGUCACUGCGGUCCUGCUCUGUAAGGUCAACACUGAGCGACCAAAUACUCAAAGCUCGCCAGAAGGUCGCAGCAGCCCAGGUUCAAGCCGCCUGCUCUGAAAGAGAAGCAGCCAUCAAAGCUCAGCUAGAAAUCCUUCAGAAGAGUAAAGAAAAGGAAGUAGCAUUGGCGGAAUUAUCUGUCUUGGAACAAGCCCUAUUGGAAGAAGAAGGAGCAACUUGUCCCAGCUUGGCUGCUUGUCAAGACCCCAUUGAAAGGACCCUACAGUUCAUCUUAAGCCAGAACCACGACAUCACAGUCCCACCUACAGUUGGAGAUUUUUCUCAUAAUCAUCCAGCAUGUGGACCAGAAGGCAACGUGUCACAAAAUCAAGCUGGUCAACUAGACACACCUGCUAACAGAGACACUCCGCAACUACCGCAUGUCACAAAAUCAAGUGAGUCAACCUACGCGGCUCACAUGCCACCGCAACCCUAUGCGAAUAGAGAUUACAAGGGUACAGCAAAAGACUACAGGAUGAACUCUAUGACCCCUGUGAUACAGUUCUCUUCAACUUCAAAUGCUCAGAGACCUUCAGACAUCAGACCCUUACCUAGAUUGAACCCAUCUGCAACACCUUUCGCUCCACCAACCAGCCAACUUCAGAUACCAACCAUGGCUCAAGUCGGCGCACCAUCAGUAUCCCCGGUGGCUAUAAAAACUGAAAGCAUCAACGCUACGGAGCUCAGCAAGAGUAUGGCUUUACAAGAAUUGAUCACAACUGGACUGUAUAAAUUUGAUGACCGCCCAGAGAACUACAGGAGUUGGAGAUCUACAUUUAAGGCCGUAAUCAAGAGCUUGCCCGUUGAACCUCAAGCAGAACUCGAUUUACUAAUAAGGUAUUCGGGGCGACAAUCUUCAGAACAAGUAAAGAGACUUAAAUCUGUUUACAUUCAUAACUUUAACGCAGGCCUUGAUGCUGCCUGGGAAUGUCUAGAACAAGACUAUGGGAGUCCGGAAGUCAUUGAAUCUGCCUUAUUCCAGAGACUAAACGACUUUCCUAAGAUCUCUGUUAAGGACAAUCAUAAGCUUAGAGAGUUAGGUGACCUCCUUCAUGAACUUGAAAUUGCUAAGCUAGAUCCUAGUUUACCAGGUCUUAGCUUUUUAGACACUGCUCAGGGCGUGAAUCCUAUUGUAGCAAGGUUGCCUAGUUAUCUUCAGGGAAAGUGGACUAGUGUAGGAUCAAAAUAUAAGUAUGAACAUCAUGUUUCCUUCCCUCCCUUUUCUUAUUUUGCAGAGUUUGUGCGGAAGGUUGCAAAAUCCAAGAAUGACCCAAGCUUUUUCUAUCCAGAUACAACCACCACUCCUUUAACCACCUCAAGGGGUAUUGCCACCAACAGUAAGUUCAAGGAUUUAAAGUAUCCUAUUGCCAUGAGGAAGACAGAGGUAGCAUCCAACGUCUUGGCUACAGGCAUUAAGGCAAGCAAUCUCAAUCAACAGUGUCCUAUCCAUAAUGUGCCACAUUCUCUCUCCAAAUGCCGUGCAUUUAAGGACAAGCCUAUUGAAGAACGCAAGUCAUUUCUCAAAGAGCAUAAUAUCGGUUUCAAGUGUUGUGCAUCCUCCGAUCAUUUAGCAAGAGACUGUAAGAUCACCAUCAGAUGUUCUCUGUGCAACAGUGCCAAACAUGUGGACGCUCUUCAUUCAGACCUGUUCAAAAGGAAACCUUCACCCGGCAGCAACCCCAAGCCUACAUCAGAUGAUGGCGGGGAGAGAACUGAGCAACAUGCCAACCCCGUAACCACAAGGUGUACAGAGGUAUGUGGAGAAGGGCUUCAUAGCAAGUCUUGUAGCAAGAUAUGUCUUGUAAGGGUUUUUCCUGAAGGAUGCCCACAAAAUUCCAUAAAAAUGUAUGCCAUACUCGACGAUCAGAGCAAUCGCUCAUUGGCCAGUCCAGAAUUCUUUGACCUAUUCAACAUUCAUGGAGAGGCCUGGUCCUAUACCUUGCAGACAUGUGCAGGAAAGAUCAAUACUUCUGGAAGAAGAGCCCAUGGCUUCAUAGUGGCAUCAGAAUAUGAGGACAUAGAGUUUCCUCUUCCAACUCUAAUCGAAUGUGAUCAGCUACCGAACAACAGAGAAGAAAUCCCCACACCAGAGGCUGCACGUCAUCACCCCCAUUUAAGCCACAUUGCUGACUACAUUCCACCACUUAACAAUGAUGUUAAGAUCUUGAUUCUACUAGGGAGAGACGUUCCUAGAGUCCAUAAAAUAAGAGAGUUAUGUAACGGUCCAGACGAUGCUCCUCAGGCCCAGAAACUUGAUCUUGGAUGGGUGAUAAUAGGAGAAGUCUGUUUAGACCAAUCUCACAAGCUCUGGGAUGUAGCUUCCUACAAAACCAAUGUUGCCUAUCGGUCGAUGAAAUGUCCAUUGCAUUAUUAUGCGAAGGAAAGACUUGAAUUUAAAAACAAAAGUUCCAUAUCAAGCACUCCAAGGUAUAAACUGCAAGCUCACUUCUCAGAAGGACCUUGGCGAUUCAGUGUACCAGACUACUUGCGAUGA